AUGGACGAAAUGUUCUUCCACAUCAACAAAGGAGAGCUGCAUCUAGCCCCUAUCAGCGACAGCGGGCUUAGGGUUCUCGACAUUGGCUUUGGCACAGGAACUUGGGCCAUCGCCAUGGGUGACGCGUAUCCGCAGGCAGAGAUCAUCGGCGUCGACAUCAGUGCUUCAGCUCCUGAAUGGGUGCCACCCAACACGAGAUUCGAAAUCGCAGACGUAGAGGACGACUGGACCUUUCGAGCUCCCUUUGAUUACAUCCACUGCAGGUACAUGGCAGGGGCCAUCAGAAAUUGGCCGCAGCUCAUGCGUCGGACAUUUGAAAACCUCAAACCGGGAGCGUGGGCCGAGUUCGCUGAUCUCGACAUCGACUAUUACAGCCAAGACGGUACUCUGACCGAAAACGACGCCCUCUCGCGCUGGAUCAAGAUCGCCGCUCAAGGCAUGGAGGAUCUGGGCCGCUCAUUGAGACCUGGCAAGAGACUUGAAGGCUGGAUGAGGGACGCCGGGUUCGUGAAUGUGAAUGUUGUUCGCACUCCCGUCCCAGUCGGCACCUGGCCCAGGGACAAGCGACUGAAACGCAUUGGGCUCCUCAACUUCAUCCAGCUGCACGAGGGACUCACCGGCCUUAAUGUUCGACUCUUCUGCGACUUUCUCGGCUGGAGCCGACAGGAUCUGGACGUUCUGCUGAUGCAGGUCCGCAGCGACUUUAGGAAUCCGACCAUUCACAGCAUAUACGACAUGUAA